CUAGACCAUAUUGAGACCACACCUUUAAAGCCAAGCACCCCCUUCGUGGUGAAGGCACGUCCAUCGUUGUGCUCCGAAACAUCAUUUUUCGAGGCGUCAAACGGGCUUGAGGAGUCAAUUUAGCGUCAGUCAUCUAUUAAAAAUUGAAAAGAAUUUGGAACAGAACAUAUUAGCUAACUACGCACUUCGAUUUUACGUUUAUUUUGAUUGUCUCGUUGUCUGGGUAGAAAUCAUCACAAAAAUGGCAGAUCCGAUGACACAGUCUGGCCAGAUCUCGUCCUCUCUGAACGCUUCAUCGACAAAAGAAUCCACCUAUUCCGUGAUGGAGCUGGUGUACUGGCGGGACCCCAAGAAGUCUGCGGUGGCCUUUGGCAUGUCCCUGCUGGUCCUUCUGUCCCUGGCUAUCUUCAGCAUCAUCAGUGUGUUGUCCUACCUGCUGCUUGCCCUGCUCUGUGUCACAAUCACCUUCCGCAUCUACAAGUCUGUCAUUCAGGCAGUGCAGAAGUCUGGAGAGGGCCACCCCUUCAAGGGUCUGAUGGAGCAGGACCUAACUGUUCAGCCGGAGACUUUCCGUAAAUAUGUGGAUGUGUUUCUGACCUAUGUGAACCGAGCCGUUAAACAGAUCAAACACUUGCUGCUGGUGGAGGACCUGGUGGACUCACUGAAGCUGGCUGGUUUUAUGUGGCUGAUGACAUAUGUGGGAGCUGUCUUCAAUGGUAUCACAAUCCUCAUACUGGCUGAUGUCAUCUUAUUCAGCACGCCUCCGGUUUAUGACAAAAAUAAAACCCAGAUUGAUAAAUACAUUGAACUGAUUCGCACCAGAGUUGAAGUCACACUUGCAAAAAUUUCUACAUGGCAUACAGGACCACACCGCAUCAGUAGCUUCUUCUUGGUUAAACCCUCCUAAAGGAUUUGUCUUCCCAGGCUUCAAGAUAAACUUCCAGGGGCACUGAAGCGUACCAAAGCAGAGUGAUUGUCCAUGACCCCUAUUCAACAACUGCGCUCUCCCUCCCUAAUUCUGCAACUUCAGUCCUACCCUUUCAAAUGCAUUCCCAGCGUCAAACCUGUGGCCAAGUCAUCGCUCAUUAUUCAAUGUACCGUAACUAACUUGCAUAGGGUGCAAUGCUUGUAUUUGUUGUUGGAGUCGGACACAUUCUGAAUAACUCAAUAUGUAGUUGUUACAUCCAUUUUGUGACUUAUAAAUGAAUGAUAUGCACCCAUUAAUUAUUGAAGAAUAUAAUGUAUAAAUGCCUCGUGAGCUUAGUUGUCGUACCCCAUCAGAACCUGAAAUAUAAACUUGUUUUACUCCAAUGUUUGUAAACAAAGUAAAUGGAAACUAACACGUUAGCCUCAAAGCAUUGGUAGAACUAUCAUUUUGAUAUCAUGGAUGGUUUGUACUUGUAACCACUGUCAAAGUCAUAGACGGCGAUGUGGAUGCAUUUCUCCAACUCCAUAUCUCAUCUGUUUAACGAAACUGUGGAAAGCGCUUGGUUUCAACUACUGAUUGGGGCUUUAACAGAUGAUUCCUGAUUGAGCCAGGGGGGGUUUAAAUCGGAACUUUUAAUUAUUUCAAGGAUACAGAAUGGUUUUUGUUUUUAGCAAAUGUUUGUACACUAAUCUGGUUUGUUUUUUGAGGGAAAAGUAAUUUGUUGGUGUGGUUUGUGAAUUGGCAUAAGAUUUUUUUUUUUUAUGAAAGAACUCAAAGCUGGGAUCCAGAUUAGGUGAGACUGCACCACUGGUGCCCCAGGUGUUUCUGUUAUGGAUUUUUAAACUGGGCAGAGAAGCAUUCUGAGUCGUGGUAAUAAAGAAAGUGACCCUCUGCUGUUCUAUCAUGUGUGCAAUGAUGUCUGAUGGGGGGGGGGAAAAAUUAAUUGUUUUGACGUAAUGUCUUUGUUUGGAGGGGGCACUCAACCUUUUCAGCAUCUCAGUUCAUCCUAAAGACACUUGUUUGCUAUCUGCACUGAGUAUUUUGCAAGCAAGUCCUCAAACUUGAAAUAAAAAUGAAAGAAACCGUCGCAA